AUGAAUUUUAGAGGAAGCAUUUUGGUUAAUGAUAAUAACUCAAUAAAAUCACAUUAAACAGAACAUAAUACGCAAGGCGUAAUUAGUCCUAGAAAUCAAACUUCGAACAAUUAGUUUUAUUAGCAUGGUUUCAGCUAAUUACAAAUAGCUAGAGAAGGCAGUUUGAUGGCAACCCUAUAAAAUUAAGAAAUGAGAAAUAAUAACAACAAUAAUAGCGGAAAUUCUUAUAAAUUUUAGGAUUUGGAGCCGAAUUAGGUUGAUAACUUCAAAUAAUAUAUCAGUAAACUUAUUACUAUGAAAGGAGAGAUGAAAAUAAACGGAGUAUAUAAAAAGAAUGUAUAAAUAACAGAGAAGAAUGAACUGAAAUGCAAUAUUUAAAUUAUAAAGCCAUAUAAUCCAAAAUUAGUCCCUCCAGACUGGAAUACAGCGCAAAGGCAUGCUGAUGCGACAAGAGUAGGAAUGGAUUAAAAACCUUUGCCAAACAAUAUUGAGACAUAUGAAAUCUGUCCUUGCUGCGAUAACUAAAUAGAAAAGCAAUCUCUUAAUUUAUUUGAUGAUCCUAUUAAACUCCUCUUCCUUGGCAGUGGAUAUCCUUUAUACUUUGACUUUAUAAAAUAAUGCAUCUAUAUUAUGAUAAUUAUUUUACUCAUUUCUGGUGGUUUUAACUUGUACACAAAUUAACUUGGAAAAGAAUGCAUUUUAAAUAAUUAGCAUACAAUUACAGGUGAAAAAUUGCCAUAUGAGCUAUAGAAAUGCCACUAUAAUAUUAUAUCUAAAUAUUCUUAUAUCAACAAAAACGUUGAUAUGAAUUAUAUAUAUUUUUAAGAUAUUUUAGAUUACUUUACAGUAAUAACACUAAUCAUAACUUUUAUAUUCUUUAGGAGAUAUCAAAUUUAUAAGGAUAUUGAAUGUGAUGUUUUAGAUUUAACUCCUUCAGAUUAUACAGUUAUGAUCAAAAAUAUUCCAAAAAAUAUUAGGCCGAAUGUCCUGUAGUAAUUUUUACAGGAUCUCUCACCUAAUUAAAAAUCCAAUCUAACCAUUUAGAAUUAAGAUUAGGAUGUAUCUGCGACUCAAGAUGAGAGUGAAAAAUUUGAAAAAAUUUAGGUCACAGAUAUAAAUUAUGUUUAUGUAAAGAAUCACAGUCAUGUAAAGUAAUUAGAUCAAGCGGUUAAAAGAUUUUAAAUGAAAUCAAAGAGGUACGACAUGGAUUUCGAAGAAAUAUUGAAUACAGUUUUUAGCUCUUCUUAGAAGGGUAAUUCAUUGCUGCAGAAUAAUAUUACAAGUUCUCAAAACUAAAAUAAUUCUAAUUUAAUCAAAGAAAAUACUGAUUUAGAUUUAUUGGAACUAGAAAGAAUUAUGCAUGAAAUAGAAAAAGUUCCUAACAACUUUAAUGGAUAUGCUUUUGUAUCAUUUAUGAGUGACAAAUAAAGAGACUAAGUGCUGAAUAUUGCAGAAGAAACCUUUGAAGAGAGAAGCAUUUUUUCUUAUUUAUGCAGUUCUUUUUAGAGUUCUUCUCUAGAGGAGUUUAAAGAAUUAGAUUUUGAAGGUUAGAAACUCUAAAUAUGCAAAGCCCCAGAACCUUUAGAGAUUAUAUGGGAUAACAUUAUGACAGACGAUUAGCACAAAUCUCGUAAAAGGCUUCACAGUUUUAUUUAUACAGUUACAACUCUUCUUCUUUACACAGUAAUAAUAUAUUUUUUGAACUAUAAUACUGGAGAACAAUAAACAGAUAAAAAAAAAACAUCCAAUAACGCUACUGCAAUUAUGUAGAAUUUUAAUUUAACAUCUAGUGAAAACUAUAUUCUACAUAAUUAAUAUGUUGAAGAUGAGAAAUAUUUAUAUUCAAAUUAAUCUCAAUUUAUUAGUAAAAAUAUUUCAAACGAAGGCUAUUCAUAAUACUCUUUUGUAGGCAAGUAACUUAAAUAGUAAAAGUUGAUUGCAUUCAAUAACUUUUAAAAUAAAUCUAAAACAAUAAUCCAACACAAACAUUUAUUAAAUGGUUAAGAGCAUUAAAAACAAAAUGAAAAUGAUGUUAAUAAAUACAAAACUCAAGAAAACUACAUGGAGGAGAAUACUGAAAUACUAAAUCCAAUAAUAUAGCUGAUAAAGGAUUAAUUUUCUAAUUUAACUGUCUCUAUUUUUAUGAUCUUGCUUAACUCAUUAGUUGUGAGAUAUGCCUUCGAAUUCAUAGUCAACAAUGAAUGUUAUAAUACCUUUUCUUUGUAUAAAAUAAAUAUGGCUUAAAAACUCUCAAUUGCCUUAUUUAUUAGCAAUGCUCUAGUUACUUCUUUUAUUGCAAUUUACUAUUCUCAUAAUAUAUAUGGUAAUGGUGGACUUAUUUAUAUCAUGAUUUUCUAUCUAGCACUAGAUACUCCAUUCAAUUGCUUUAUCGAAUUAAUAGAUUUAUGGGGUAAUGUCAAAAAAAUUGCUAAGUAUUGGCAAUAACGUAAAGGCAAAGAUUGCACUCUUAAUUAAGAAGAAGCAAAUAUUUUAUGUGAAAGACCAGUUCAUGAAAUAGAAAUUUGUUACGCAGAGAUAAUAAACACAAUUUAUAUUUCUGUAUUCUUUUCUCCAAUAAUUCCUGUUGGAUUGAUUCUUUCCCUUUUUGGAUUCAUUCUAUUGUAUUGGACAUAGAAAUACAUUGUUAUUUAUAAGCGAUCUGUCAAGCAAUAAGUUAGCAUAAAGCUUUCUCAGGAGAUGACCAAUUCACUCGAAAUUGUAGUUGGAAUUUAUCCAAUAUCUUGCACUGUUUUUUAUUUUAUUAGCAGUGGAACUAUAACUGUGCUUUAAAUAAUUAGCAUUUUCUGUGGAGUUCUUUACAUAUUAAUUCCAAGUGAUUUGCUUAUUAAGAGCUUAUUUAAAUUCCCUAAUCCUAACUAAGAACAACAAAUAUAUCCUAUAGCAUAUUCUAGGUUCAAGACAACUUAUUCAAGGUUGAAUCCAAUAACUUCUGAACUGGCUAAUGAGAAACAUUAUUAAAUGUUUUCACAUAGUAAAAGUAAUUAAAAUCAUAACAUAUACUAAAAUAAUAACAAUUUUAAUGGAAGUUUAGUGUCAGUUUGA